UCAGGGAGGCGCAUGGGGCUCUUCUGGGGAUGCUGGGCACUCAGUGUCUGCAGAAAUGGAGAUUUUUGCAGAGGUUUGCUACCCAACUCUGAAAGAUGGAUCAUUGGAAGGUCUGGUUAAAUGGAAUCAGCAAGGGGAGUUAGGAAGCUGGGGAGUGGAUGGCCAAUUAGUUUGAGGAACUUCAGGGCUGGGCUCACUCCCUGCCUGACUCCAUCCUGGUGUCCGACCUCACCCGCCUUGUCCCGUUAGGGCUAGUGUAGGGCUGGAGGGGGUGUGGCAGCUCAGAAUACACUAAUGGGUGAUGGGUCAGCACCUGCCCUUGGCCAACACCCCUCCUGCCCUCUGCAGCCUCCAGUUUGGAUGAGAGGCUACAGGGUGAGAGCAGAGGCCGCCUUGAUUGGCCCCAUCCUGCCCUCUGGUUUGUACCUCUCCCUACUUGGCAGUUCCUUCUCUCCCUCCACCUUUGCCAAGCCAGGAUCCUCCUUCUGUGCUCUGAGAAGCCUCCAGAAGAAGUCUUCCCUCAAUCCAAGGCAGGCGAAGCUGAGCUGGCUGCUCCAGGAUGAACCGCAGCUCCAAGAAGGGGAAGUAGGAGUCCUGCUGGUGCUGCUAUGGCGUGUGAACCGCAGAUGGACCCCGGUGGGGCGGCUGGCCCCUUGCCCACCUCCUCCCCUGGCUGGAGUCCCUUGCCUGGCGGAAGCCCUCCUGGCUGGGGGCAAGAGCUCCGCAGUGGCCAGGUCCUUACGGUGCUCCGGAUCGACAAUACCUGUGCGCCCAUCUCAUUUGACCUGGGAGCCGCCGAAGAGCAGCUGCAGACCUGGGGUAUUCAGGUCCCAGCUGACCAGUACAGGAGCCUGGCUGAGAGCGCCCUCUUAGAGCCCCAAGUGAGGAGAUACAUCAUCUACAACUCGAGGCCCAUGCGGCUGGCCUUCGCUGUGGUGUUCUACGUGGUGGUGUGGGCCAACAUCUACUCCACCAGCCAGAUGUUCGCCCUGGGGAACCACUGGGCAGGCGUGCUGCUUGUGACCCUGGCUGCCACGAGCCUCACCCUGGCUCUCGUGCUCAUCUUUGAGAGACACCAGAGGAAGGCCAACACCAACACAGACCUCAGGCUGACAGCUGCCAACGGAGCCCUACUGAGACACCGGGUGCUGCUGGGGGUGACGGACACGGUGGAAGGUUGUCAGAGUGUGAUUCAGAGGAGCGACUUGGCAAGUGUUAGUUGGAUGUAUGGCUGGCUGGCUGGAUUGACUAAGGAGUGGACACAUCUUUUAAAAAACCAGCUCUGGUUUGUCUAUUUUGACCUGGAGACCUGUGCGCAGUUUUUGUCUGAUCACAUUCGAGAGAUGAAGAUGAGCCAAGAGUCCUUGCUGAGAAGCAGAUUGAGCCAGCUGUGUGUUGUCAUGGAGACUGGGGUAAGCCCCACAGCCAAUGAGGGGCCAGAGAACCUGCUGGAGGAAACUCCUCUCCUGCCCGACCGUCCGGGUUCCACGGAGAAGCCGCUCAUACAGACUGAACUUCGCCAGCUUGUUCCUGAGGCUGAGCCGGAGGAAAUGGCCCAGCAGCUGCUAGCGGUGUUUGGUGGCUACUACACCCGCCUCCUCGUGACCUCUCAGCUUCCCCAGUCACUGGGGACACGACACAUGGACUCUCCAAGGAUUCCAUGCCCCUGCCAGCUCAUAGAGGCCUAUAUCCUGGGCACGGGGUGCUGCCCAUUCCUGACCAGGUGACCUUGGAACGAAGGUACUCCUCUUCCUCCAGGACUGAAGGUGAGAGGUCAGGGAGGCUUUGCAGCCCCGGGGCGGCUGACGGCGAGGCUCUGGGGUGCCCUGAGGCUGUCAGUCAUGUCAGCACUGGGGAUCCGGUGUUCACUCCAGGACCCUGCACCAAAAUGGCUUGUCGACAGUCCACGCUGACCCCUGGCCUUUGCAGAAGCCGAUGGUCCCACUCUGAGCUACUUUCUGUGCUGCUUAGAACCGUUGGCAUGAGUGGAAGGGGCCCCUCGCCCAUCCCUUUCAUUGUCUGCUGAGCCCCGAAAAUGUGAAGAUGACCAGACGGGGCUGAAAGUGGGCCCAAAGCUGGCUCUCAGGCGAUGCUCCAGUCCUCACCUGCUUUGCGUCAGAUGGAGACUCUGGGAGGACUCUGCUCUAUGUGGCGUUGCCUCGAGCCCCUUAAAUUAUAAGAUGCCCCCUUCCCAAUCUGAAGCAAAGAAGUAAAUUCUCAGAAUGUUCUCCACUUUUAAGUUGUUUUUGCCCUACAUUUUCUGAAAAAACGAUGUCACUUGGGCUUAUCUGCUAGCACGCAGGCCUUCAGGAGACAGAAGGAAGGAACGAACAGUAUGUAACUAAUGAGAUUUGGAAGAGACUGAUCCUGUCUGAUCAGAGGACUUACUUUGUUCCAAGGCACACACGCCUGUGGGUGUGGUCUCACCGCAGACAGAGAACGGCAGUCCUGUUCCCUCACACUAACGCUGUCCUGCAGUGAAGCGAGAUCUCUCCCUCGUGGAAUUCCAUGAAGAGCUCAGAGGCUUCCAGGUGCUCUGCUUCUGAAAAAAUAUGAAGACCCAUUGUUCCCUGGGCCCGAAUCUAAAGACCCCAGCCUGGCAUUUAAAGGCUCCCCAGUGCUGAAGACCUGGCCAUCAUCUGCAAUUUUGGCCUCAUUGCCCAUAAAAAUCCUUCAUAGGUUGAAAAUAUUUCCUGAACUGACAUAGCUAUUCUUUUGCAUCUGUUGGAUUCCUAUGCAUGCUUUUUUUUAAAAAAAAGAUGUUUUAAAAUUGAGGUAUAGUUGAUGUAAGAUAUACUAUGUAAGUUUCAGGUGUACAAUGUAGUGAUUCCUCAUUUUUAAGGGUUAUGCUCCAUUUAUAGUUAUUAUAAAAUAUUGGCUGUAUUCCCUGUGUUGUACAGUAUAUCUUUGUAGCUUAUUUAUUUUAUACAUGGGAGUCUGUACCUCUUAGUCUCCUCCCCCAUAUUGCCCCUCCUCCUUGCAUGUUUUAAAGCCUAGCUGUCCUUAACCGUCCUUCAGGAAGCCUUCCAACAUCUCUGCCACUUCUAUUUUUUUGUUUUUUAAAAUUACCUCUUUAAUCUAUUAAUCCAAAUCAUCUCACCUUGUUUUUUUUUUUUGGCCACACCAUAGGACUUGCAUAUCUGAGUUCCCUUACCAGGGCUUGAAACCAGGCCCUUGGCAGUGGAAGCACUGGGUCCUAACCAUUGGGCCUCCAGGGAAUUCCUGACUCUGCCUCCCUUAAAUUCUCUCUUUUUAAAAAGUUACUAUUAUUAUUUUGCCUUUGGGCUGUGUCACAUGGCAUGCUGGAUGGUUCCCUGCCCAGGGACUAAACCUGGGCCUCUACAGUGAAAGUUCCGGAUUCAACCACUGGGCCCCCCGGGAAUUUCCUCCUUUGAGUUUUUGAUGUAGCUGCUGC